AUGUGGAGAGAUCGGACCAAUCUCUACAUCUCCUACCGCCAAUCUUACGCUCGUCACCCCACGAAAAGGCCUAGAUAUCCAACAACAUCCAAUGGCUUUACAGAUCAAGGGUCCGAGGAGACCAGAGGUCUUAUGUCGGCUGGCGCAUACGACACGGAUGGAGACGCUGUCAUUGAAAUGGACCUACUUCCGCCGCGCUGGAUCGAUGUGCAAGAGGAGGUGGAUGAUGUGCUCAAGGAUAUCACCCUAAAAGGUGCCAAACUGGACAAGCUUCACGCGAAACACGUCCUGCCCGGGUUCGACGACGAGUCUAUCAAACAGCAAGAAGAGCGUGAGAUAGAGAAACUGACGCAGGAUGUCACCAGAGGGUUUCAGGAGUGUCAGAAGGCCAUUAAGCGUAUCGAGACCAUGGUCACAGAGGCAAAACAGACUGGCAACUUGCAGAAAGGCGAGGAGACCAUGGCGAAAAACAUGCAAGUUGCUUUAGCCUCCAGAGUCCAGGAAGUGAGUGCUACAUUCAGGAAAAAGCAAAGCACCUAUUUGAACAAACUUCGAGCGCUCGGUGGGUUCGAGUCGCCCAUGGGAAGGGCUUCAACCCCAGUACAGAAUCCAUACUCAGACCCUGCGUUGAUGGAAUCCGACGCCGACAAAAGGUUCAGCCAAUCCACGCUUCAACAGACAGCGCAAAAACGACUACGCACCAACGAUACUGCCAUUGCACAACGGGAACAAGAGAUCAACGACAUCGCAAAAGGUAUCAUCGAACUGGCCGACAUAUUCCGCGACCUUCAGGCUAUGGUCAUUGAUCAGGGCACCAUGCUUGACCGGAUAGACUAUAACGUCGAGCGAAUGGUGACAGAUGUGAAAGGUGCCGAGAAGGAGCUCAUCGUUGCCACAAACUACCAACGCCGCAACACAAAACGGAAGAUUUUGCUGCUCUUACUUCUCCUGGUUAUUGGCAUGUUCAUUCUACUUCUGGUCAAACCCAAAAAGCGCUCGCAGGACGCACCGCCGAGUUCUCCUGAUCUGCCGGGAAGUCCGCCUUGA